CCUGGGGAUAACCACCUACUUGUGCAUAUCGUGUAGGCACCGAUUCCAAGGUGGUGAAGCCUGCACCUCGCAUCAACGCCACUGGGCGAGCUAUAAUUCCCACUGAGCAGGCGACAGUUUUCACUUCCCAGUCCCUUACACUUGCAUUCCUGCAGUCCUUCAGUCCCUGUUUCGAUUACCUCGAUUACCUUACCUCCAUGGCGGGCAACAACAAGGAGCCCAACGGUACUGUGGGUAAUUCAGCUUUUCCACGAGAAACAUUGCCCAAAGACCUUCAGAAGCUAGUCGACCGCGAAGAUGACCUGUUGGACAACAUCUACGAUGGGCAGGGCCCUGACACGACCGAGACGUCGGUGCGAUAUGCUGCGUAUGCGAACCGUUUAAGAACUAUCAUGCUGUCUGCACACCGAUAUGUUGCAUAUACCUCAGAUAUUGGAGAGUCCUUUCGACCUGUGGCACAUCCCUGGCUCGUUCGCGGCGCAUACGGUGUUUCUUGGGCAUAUAUUCUAGGAGACGUUGGCCAUGAGGGCUUCAAAGCGUACAAGCGAAACCAGCGAUUAUUACAUCCACAGAGCGAGGAAUAUAAAGAUGCCUCGGAUAUGACCAAACCACCCAUGCCUGCCAAAGGAGCUGAGCCCCAACGAUUACCCAUGCACAUCCCAGCAAUUGAAGACUAUCGAAGUGUCAUGGUCCAAAGGGCCGUCUUCCAGAGUCUCGCGUCUAUGGGCUUGCCCGCCUUUACGAUUCAUAGUAUUGUCAAAUAUUCGGGGAAGGCACUCAAGACGGCUUCCAAUACAACAUUGAGGACAUGGGGUCCUAUUGGACUCGGACUGGCAGCCGUCCCAGCACUUCCAUAUAUCUUUGACGAACCUGUCGAAGCAGCAGUGGAAUGGUCAUUCUAUCACGCAUUCAAAGCCAUUGGAGGGGAGGAUGCAGUUGGACAACGACAUUCCACCGGAAGAGAACACGAACUUCAGGCAGAGGCCAAACUUGCCAAAGCAAAGAAAGAUUUAUAACCUCAACAGUCGAAUGUGUGUUUAUCUUGAAGAUCGACUGAUAUGGCGUCGCAUUUCUACACUGGCAUGUGGAUGACGGUUCAGAAGUACAUAUAUCUCUACUCGUUCUUGGUUUUAUAGACCGAAAAGAACUCCAGUAGCGUGUUGAAGAUAAUGGUGUUGAGUUGAUGUGGUGAUCCAGAAGGACGUCCACAAGGCUGUGGUCUCAAGAUUUGACCAACUUACCAACCUAUGUACACGCUAACAAUACAACAACCUCCCUUCAAUCAUGUAUAGACCC